AUGGGCAAACGAAAAGACAAGUCGCACAAAUCAUCAUCAAAAAAAGUAAAAUAUGAAUACGAAGAAGAGGAAGCAACAGCGACUCUACCCCUCUCUUCUAUGCUUGACACGCUCUUGUCAAUGUAUCCCAAUGAUUCGGAUCACUUGAGGAAUUUAUUUGCAGAUUUAGAUGAUGGAUGUUUGGUUGAUAUUCGUGAAAUUGAAGAUCGGUCUGUUCGAAAUUUACUAGAAGAUAUGUUUAAUUUGCAUUUCCAACUCCUUAAAGACAAAGAGACCAAAGAAUAUUACAAAUCAUCAUCGUCAUCAUCAUCAUUGGUAGAAAUAUUUGAUAAAUAUUUACAGGAACAUCAGUCAAAACAUGAUUCAAAACCAAAAUCAUUACUCGAGGCACACAUGCUUGAAAAAGCAAACAGCAAAUCUGAAAAGGAACGUAGAGAUUUAGAACGUAAAGGAUUUUUAACAUGGGACAGAGACAGAGAUAUAGAAAACCCAACAACUGCUGUGGAUAAGAAGCGUCUUUUGGAUGUAGCGAACAAUGCUUCGAAAUUUUCAAAAAAAUUUACCUCAAGAACAGAGACAAAAUUCCUCUAA